CGUCUUCAUUGGCAUAAAUAAAAGUCACAAUUAAAGAAGCAUAUUAUGAUAAUUAGCAAAUACAAAGAUAAACUUCUCCUACGAACUUCAAGUAUUUUUGGAUUUGAAUUUAUUUUUAAAAUAUGGAUAAAAUUAAACUUUACAAUGAAUAUUUAUUCAAACUCAGAAGUCUGUCACUGCGCGAGCCUUAUAUAGAAGUUCAUGAUAAUAUAAACCCUAUGUUGAAGCACUAUAUGAAACUCCUUGAUAAUAUAUCAUUUAAAGAGGAAUCUUAUCACACUUAUUAUGGGAAUAUCAAAAGAAUUGUCAACAGUUUUACGAUACGUUGGACUAAUGUUAUGGAUGAAGCUAUUAAAAUCACUGACAAAUAUAUUCAUUUCGUGAAAAGAGAAGACUUAGAAAUGAUGAUAGCCAAAAUGAUGGAAAUGCAAAAAGAAAAGCAAGAUGCUUUCGUAAAACAAUUUGCUAAUAGCGAUGACCCAAUCGAAAAAGAAAAAAUUAACGAGAUACAGGAACUAUACAACGAUUAUAUGAAAAAAGUUGAAUUACUUUCAGAAAAAGUUAAUAAGUUAGAUAAACAAGAAAAGGUAGAGGAAUUCGCUAAAGAACAUUUACCACAAUCGUUACAAAUAAAAAACAAAAUAUUCCGCUUCACAUAUGAUUUCAUAGCUCUUAAACUCGCUUUAGCGGUAGAUAGAAUUCGGACAAGUCUUGAAGAAAUUAUAAAUAGACUACGAAAUAAUCUAAAAAAUAUCCAAAACGAUGUUGAGGGCAGCGUUUCAGAGCUUUUAAUGCAGCUUUAUGAAAAAAAUAAAGAAAAUCUUAUCUUGUCCCGACAGGACGUUCGUUCAUCCAAAGACCUGGCCGAAGUAAAACGCGGAAUGGACAUCAUAAUAGAUAAAAUAGAACAUUCUAAAAACAUUCCGGAGAAUCGGCUAAGCGAAGAAUGUGAGCAUUGGGAAAAAGUUUUUCAAGAAUUCAAACAAAUUGAAAAAACUUUGCAAGAAAUACAAAAAGAAGAAAAUUGUAUUCACGAACAAAUAAUGGCGUCCGAUGAUUCAGAGGACCAAAAGAACAAAACGGACGCUGAGUGCUGGACCAUGGACGAAAAAUUGGCAUACCUCAAAAAAGCUAAGCUCAAAGCCGCUAAAGCUUUGUUUACAUUCUUUAGUGUUAGAGGUGAAAACUACAUUUACUAUACUGAUAGAAUCGGAACCUACUUCGUCGACGAGUACGGGCACCAAGUCUACGUGUUUGACUACGGACUUAACGAGUACCACGUCAACUGUGACGGCAACUUUGUAAAUCACCCAGAUAAAGAGAAAUAUUAUUACGACGAAAACGGUCGUUAUAUCAUCGGAAACGGCCAGAGGUUAUACCAGUUGGCGCCCUGCACGAGCAAGUACCUGGUAGAAAACGACGUGUUCGUGAAACACAGUAAAGACUGCGGGCAUUCAGAGAUGAAAAUGGACUGCGGCAUGCAGAUCAAGGAUCAGACACAUGUCACCAUAUUACCUGACGUUACACCUGUCGAUAUUAAAGGCACUCUGGAUUCAGAAGUCAUUAAAUAUAUAUGGGACACAUUCGGCCACAUCCUACCGGAAGUGAUGCAAGGAGUCGCAGAAAUAAAACCGAAGAACCCCAUCCAUUGCCUUGCACAUAAAUUGGUGCAGUAUAAGUGUAAGAGAACUAGUGAAAAGGAUAAGAGAGACGCCAUUCUUUAUCACCAGCAGAUAUAUGAAGACAGGCGCGAGAAAGUGAACGCCCUAUAUAAGUUGUGGCGCGACAAGCAAAUCCAUGUUAAACCGGAGGGGGACAACGAUGACGCUUUGAGAGCUCACCGCGAGGCGGAGGAACUAGUGAGGGGGCUGAACUAUUACAAUUAGCUUAUGUUUAUAUUUAACGCCUCUUAUUAGGUCAUACAGAAUAUUGUCACACAGAUCUCAGAUGACAGAUUAUAACUGUCAUUUUCGAGAAACGGGUGUGAUGUCACUAGUCUUGAUUCGAAUUUUUUUUUUUUUUCAAAUUCAACCAUAAUUAUUACAUGUUGUAAUUACACUACUAUUAUAUCUUUUUCUUAUUAUGAUUUAAUGAUUACACCAUUAAAGUA